AUGUCAAACUUUUCCUCUUCAUUACGUGCAAUUAUUCUUGAUAAUUCGUGUGCCUCUUUAGCUUUCUAUAAGCAUUGGACCCAAGCAACAACUUCACCAAUUUAUUUAACACCAUCAAUAAAACGAUUGAUUGUAAUGGAAACUGAAUAUUUUGAUUCUUUUAUUGUUCAUAAUCUAAUUAAACCGUUAUUUGGCAAUACUUUACCAAAUCUUCAUCUUAUAUUUGAAUAUCCUAAUGGAGAUGUGCAAUAUUCAUUUGAACUUGUAUUGAUUCUUAAAAAUGGUGUUAUACCACUUCUGCAACAUUUAAAUGUAACAAUUGAACAAGAACAAUUCGAAAAACAAUAUGAUUUAGAAAAAUCUCCACCAUCGAAUCAGUUACGCGAAUGUGACAUUCGACAAAUGAAUUAUGAUACUCAACUUCAAACUCUUGUAUUACGUCAUUUGGCAUUCAGUCAACUUGUAAUAUUACUCAACUCUAUUCGUAUGCCUUUAUUAAAAAAAUGA